CCCAUUCCCAUUCCCCGGGUCCCAUUCCCCGUGUCCCAUUCCGGUUCCCGUCCCCGGGCAGAGUCGGACGAGGCUCUGCUCAAGAUGACCAUGGGGCCGCCGGAGUUUGGCCGCGCGGGGCUGCCGGACCUGAGCUCCAUGAGCGAGGAGGAGCAGAUCGCCUACGCCAUGCAGAUGUCCCUGCAGGGCGCCGAGUUUGCCCAGGCUGAGGCGGCCGAGGUGGACAGCGGAGCCGCCAUGGACACGUCCGAGCCCGCCAAGGAGGAGGACGACUACGACGUGAUGCAGGACCCGGAAUUCCUGCAGAGCGUCCUGGAAAACCUUCCCGGCGUGGAUCCCAACAACGAGGCCAUCCGCAACGCCAUGGGAUCCCUGGCCUCCCAGGCCGCCCGGGAAAACCGGGAAAACAACCGGGAAAACAACCGGGAAAACCGGAAGGAGGAGGAGAAGAAAUGAAAUCCCCGGGAAAAAAAAAAAACGGAAUUAAAAGGAAUUUAUUUCCCUUGGGAAUCGGAGAUAUUAAAGGAUUAAAAGGAGUUUUUUUGGGGUUGGGAGGAGUCGUUUGGGAAGGGGAGGGAUUUUUUUGGGAAUGACGAGCGGGAAUUGCGGGAAUUGCGCGAGGAAUUUCUUGGGAAUUGCGGGAAUAAAUGGAUUAAAAGUUU